CGUUGACGGGCCUGGUGAGAAAAGAAAGGCAUAACUUUGCGGAACGGAACACGGACGACGACCGAUCGAGUCGGAUAUUUUUGGUUGAAUUUAGUGGAGAAAAAACCGAUAGGUAGUGUAAUCGUUUCCGGUGUUAUCAUCUGUGCAAUUCAUCGUGUGAAAAACUCUUCAUCGUGUGUCGGUCUACUGGAAAAACCUAAAGAAAAAAUUUGUGCAAUCGCUUAGCAGACGGGAGCGAAGAAACGCUUUGGACUUUUUUUUUUCGCGAAAAUCAUCCCCGCUUACGGCCGUCGUGUGCGUGUGUGUAGUACGGUGAGAGAGUUUGCGUUUUUGGGGCCGUCGCCAGCCAACGAGAAGAGUCAACAAGUUUCGGCUCAGUUUUGUAAUUUACGGGCUGUGGAGUUGGCCCCCAUUCAUCAUCAACUACUGUUCGAUCGUCAAGAAGUGUGUGAAGUGUGUUUGUAAUAAGUGCUGCUCGUUUUGUUCUAGUGAUCCUUCAAAGAAGGGAAGAAACCGUGUAGGAUAUUUUUAGGCGGAGUGGAGAAAAGUCUCAUUACUCGACGCCCGCCGCCGCAUUUGGAGGAGAAAACUGCCGCCGUGGCCGUGGAGGUGGUGGUGGAAGGAUAACCCUGGGUGCCCUGGUGCUAGCGGACGAUGCCAAUGUUGUCUCAAUUUCAAAUGAACUUUCGAGCGUUCCUAGUGCUUGCAUCGAAAAUAUGGACCUGCAUCUGUUAUAUGUUCAACCGGCAGGUUAGAGCGUUUGUACAGCAUCAACCGGUAAAAUAUGAACUGUUCCCGCUGUCACCGGUAUCCCGGCACCGGCUCGGGAUGGUCCAGCGCAAAACGUUGGUGCUGGACCUGGACGAGACGCUGAUCCACUCGCACCACGACGCGAUGCCACGGAACACGGUGAAACCCGGCACGCCGCACGACUUCACCGUCAAAGUCACCAUCGACCGGCAUCCGGUGCGGUUCUUCGUGCACAAACGGCCGCACGUAGACUACUUUUUGGACAUUGUAUCACAAUGGUACGAUCUAGUCGUUUUUACCGCCAGUAUGGAAAUCUACGGCGCUGCUGUCGCCGACAAGCUGGACAAUGGACGAAACAUCCUGAAACGUCGCUACUACCGGCAGCACUGUACGCCAGACUUCGGUUCGUACACGAAAGACCUGUCGGCGAUAUGCGGCGAUCUGAAUAGAAUAUUCAUCAUAGACAAUUCACCCGGUGCGUAUCGAUGUUUCCCGAAUAAUGCCAUCCCAAUCAAGUCCUGGUUCUCCGAUCCGAUGGACAUAUGUCUGCUGUCACUGUUACCUCUACUAGAUGCGCUAAGGUUUACCAAUGACGUACGAUCAGUGCUCUCGCGGAAUCUGCACCUACAUCGCUUAUGGUAGCAGAAUUUAAGUAAUAUUUUAUGGUGCGCUGUGAGACUUCUGAAAUCUUACAAAUAUUCGUUUAUUUUAUUCUAAAGUUACAACCUACGGUCGGUCAUGCGAAUGGGAACCGUCGUCGCAAGAAAAAAAGAAUAACCUGAGCUAAACUAAAGAACACAAUAGAGUGGGUAAGCGAAGAUAAGAUAACUGAACAACAUCUACUGCUAUCUUAGUAGAUCACGAAUGGGUAGUAUAUUUUGUAAAAUAAGUGUAUGUUAUAUGUUAAAAAUACACGCCUAUGUUUCUUUUAACAUUACGAUCGUUCCUCAGUAGAUUUGCAUAAUUUAUCAGAUUCUGCUUUCGGUUUCUUAAGUACUAUUUGUUUUUCAUAGAGUGAUUUAAAGUAUAAAGUCAUGUUUUCCUAUUUGGAUAAUAUACGUUUUCAAAAAGACAAACUACGUUUAAAAAGAAGACACGAUUCAAAACUGUAAUUAUAGAAUCAUUGAGGCACUGAACCACUGAGUAAGAGAGAAUGUCAAUGACAUUAUAUGAUUUUUUUUACAGUUUUUGAAUAGCGAAAAGAAGAAAAAGAGAUGAUAGCUGAUUUACAUUGAUGAUUGUACUACCUUUGUUUACCAUCGAAUGGGUAUAAAAUAAAAGCAAAAUGAUGACACAUCAAAAUUUAAAACUUGGGACUUUUUCGUUGUCGAAGCGAAUGACACAAAUCUGUUAGUGCAAAAUAUGGGGAACUGUGAGUUACCUCCUAUCAGUUAAAGAAAGUUGACAAACUAGGAAUAAUCUUAUUAUUUUUACAAAUUCAGCAAUAGUUGCACUCAUUACGCGAAAAACACUCAAUUUACUGGAUUAUUUGUAACUGUGUAGAGUAAGUCUCCGGUAUCCAAAUGGGUGUUUUUUUUCAAAGCAUCAUUCAUAAAUACACCAUUCACGUUUUUAAAACAAAUCAAAACUAGUAUUUUCGUGCAAAACAAAACCAUAGUUUUUUAAAUUAAUAUCAAUGUUCAAUUAAUAAAUUUAAUCACAGUGUUUCUAUUUUCUUGAAAAUCCGUUAGGCCGGAACAAAUCUCAUUUUCUUCUUUUGUCACUUCACUCGUUGACUCGUCAAGGGGGAGGAUGAUAAAUCAUAAGUGCAUUUGAUGCAAAAUUACCCAAACAAUUAGGCAAAAUCGUCAAACUCAUCGGAUUUGUUAAGAAAUUUUCUCGACGACUCUAAUUUCACUUUAAAAAGUUUAAAUUUCUUGAAUAAUUUAUUUGUGUCCCCCCUCAAAAUGUCGGAUUCCGAUCAAAAUUUUCCGAGGGGGCGGUGACAUAAGAAAAAGUCGAAAUUUGUGUCAGCCUUAUUGCUACACGAAAAUACUGAGUCAAGAUUUGCAUGAAUGAUUUAAAGCCAACAUCUUUCAUAGCAUCGUAACCACCAUGUAAAGCUUGGCAUUUUGAUCCUAAAUAAUGCCCUACUAUGAAUGUAUCAUUACAUAAUGUUUAUUAAAGAAAACAUAUGUUCUUUAUUGUCCUUGGUGGAACCAGCAGAAGAAAGUAUUUCCCAUCUGUAUUAUUCUGCAUGCGAGUGAAAUAUCUAUGAAUUUGACUCGCUCCCCUUCACCACGAACAAUUGUAGAGGCUAUACGAAGCGAAAGCAAGUGCGGAGAAUGCAUAAAACUGUUGGUUAACAAUUAUAAAUCGAGACGUUUCAGUGAAAUGUUCCAUAUUUUGCACUUCGUAAAAUGUGUUUAUACACAUGUUCUUCCUUUCAGGUCACUUAAAAUAAGUUGCCGCAUGAAUGCUUUCUAACGUAGUUAAAUACACUUAUUUUCAUCAGAAACAAGCUUAAAUUUGUCCAGACAGUUUGUGUUCAAUAGUUCUUAUAACUAAUUUCUCCAUGAACAAGUCUUCGCAUGCUAGUGCAAAACAAUAGAACAUAUUUUCAAACAGAACCGUUUAUUGAUUACAUUAACCUAUGAUGUCUCCCACUUUUGAAGUUAUUAUAACUUUUCUCUUUUCACCCGGUUUUCCCCUUGUCUAAACACUUGAAUUUUUCGAAAACACAUCUUGCUACAAUAAAAAACUUGGUAAUAAAAUGACAAAUUCUCUUGUUAGAUGUAAGUUAGUGAACAAAUGAUGAGAAUUAAAUGAAAGGAAAUGUGUUUGGUAACACAAACAAGAAUUUGAAGUUAGGCUCUGUAUUUUGGAAACAUGUAACAUUAAUGAAAUAAAUUUACACAUACAAAACAAACGAUUUUCUCACCAGAAAUGAAAAAUGUCACGAUCAAGUGCAAA